UUCGAUGUCAGUCUCUCGUUAGCAAGUGCGGCUCCGUCAGCUCUAAAUUCACACACCGUGACAACAGCGGCGUGCGAUUACGCGAUAAACAUCUUCAAAAGAACCCCAUUCACCGAGAAUGCGGUAUAAGAACGCCUUCCUCAGGCUCACUCCUGAGUCACAACAUUACAGCUACAUCUACAGCGGACCGAUACGAACAUUAGAACAUCCCAUCUGAACCUCCCUCUACAUCAUUCACAGUAAUCGACCAGUCAAAUAUGUCGUCUCCCACACUCAGCGCGAGGUCCUCUUUCGAGAGUUUGCACAGCAACUCUUCGUCCAUAUUCAGUUCUCCUGAUAAACUUGCCCCGGCAGUGACAGGACCCAUGGUAUGGCAAGGGGACGAGCUGAACCCAGUCGAGUAUGUAGUCCAGCUUAACGACCGCGAAAUCCGGGAUAUCAGAGCCGCUAUAAUCAAGUUCAAGCUCUCCCGGCUUCCGCGGACGAAGAUAAACCAGAAAAGUUUUGAUCUCGGCAACCCAGAACUGGCUAGCAAGCUCUCGUCUAUCAGCAAAGAGCUUCACCACGGUAAAAACGUUGUUGUCCUCCGGGGUCUGGAUAGUGCUUACCUCAAUGACGAAGAGGCCGUUAUUGCUUUUGCGGGCGUAUGCUCAUACGUCUGCCCAGAACGAGCAACCGAUUCUUAUGCAAACCAAACGCUGAGUCAUGUUCUCGAUGCCACCAAAAAAACAGUUCCAGAAGACUGCAAGAAUAUUGGUCUUGCAGGCUCCAAGAUCACUGCUGCCAUGGAUUUUCACAGUGACCGCUUCUCUGGCGAUGUCAUCGCCCUGUAUGUGCGCAACGACGGCGGUCCCAAUGCUGGUGGCGAGCAAUUCGUCGUGAGCUUUUCCAGGAUUUACAAUGAGCUUCUUGAGAAGGACCCAGAAGUUUUGGAGACGAUGGCGGAGCCAAAUUGGCCUUUCGAGCUAAAGCAAAAGGAUGGAGCGCCUUACCUCGAAUUAGGACCUACCCUCUUUUUCUCCAAGGGCAAACCCAUGUGCCAGCUAGUCAAGGCUCCACUUCUUGGUACUGAUACCAUCCCGCGUGACCCUAGCAUGCCAAAGGUUACCCGGAAGCAGCUGCAUGCAAUGCACGCCGUUGAAGAGCUAGCUAGGCGCUUCUGCACUAAAGUCGACCGGAAGCAGGGCGACAUCCAAUUCCUCCAUAACCUGUCUGUCUUGCAUGCCCGUGCAGAGUACCGUGGCAUUGAUGGCCAGGCUAGUACCCGGCACCUUUUGCGCAUGUUCCUCCGCGACUCCACAAAUGCUUGGGAGAAGCCGGCUAGCUGCCGUGACAACUUUGACGACCCGUUCACUCCCGGCAGACCUCAGAGCCUCCCUGUCUUCGACACGGACCCAUGGCGCAGCAUCAGCGGCCGCGAAAGCCAUGGCUAGAUACUGCUGUAACCGCU